UUCUUUGUGUGAUCUCAGCAGGAAUUCCGUCUACAUCUAUACCCCAGUUUUUUUUUUGGUGCUGCCUUCUUUCCCCAAACGCAGUCGCGCAGACAAUGUUUCUGUUGUGUCUUGUGUCUCGGUUCAUCCGGCGAUUUCACUAGCAAGUGAAGUGUGCGGGAAAUGUCGGUCUGUCGUUGCCAUCAGAGUCUCAGCGGAAUUUGUUCCACGUCAUUGUCGGUGUCGGUGUCACGCCUUUCCCGUCAUUCUCGGUGACGAGACGAAGGCAGAAAGAAAGACGCAAGUUGUGUUAUUCAAAAUAAAAUAACAACACACAACCGGAAGACCCGUUUUCAGUACCCUGAAAUUGCUGGUGGUGGAGGACACUGACGACUUGUCACUGCUUAUCAUCGUGUGUCCUACACAUUGAAAGAAGAAAAAAACGAAAAGAAGAAAAAACAUGACAAUGGACGAAUACGAGCAACCCGGCGACGACGUCGGGUACCGCGACUACGACGUGGUCCGAAACGAAACCCUGCUCUUUUUCCUGGAACACCUCAUGGUUCGCGGAGGGCCCCGAACCCUGCACGACCUGAGCUGCCAGUUCGGAACCCGUGGGUUCACGAGGGACAUGCGACUGGUGGCCGGCGGGUCCCAGGCCGGGCUUCGGAAAUUCCUGGCUUCGUACCCGUCGCUGUUCACGCUCCACAACGACGGCCGGGUGUCGGUGACGAGUUUCCGGAACCGGAAGGAUUUGGACAGAGAUGACGGAAGUGGGAAUGGUGGUGGUGGUGGUGGUGGUGGCAGUGGAAGUGGCAGUGGCGGCGGGGAUUUAGGCGCCGUGCCUGGGGAGCACAGGGACGCCGCGGCGGCGCGAUACUUUGGUGACAAGCUGCGGCAAUACGGCGCCGGUGCGGAAGUUCCGGUGAGGUGCUUAUUGGGGCACCGAUCCCAGGCGCCGCCCCGGGUUCGCCACGCAGCCGGGCAGCAAUUGGAGGAAUUCAAGGCGUUCCUGGGUCGCUUUCCAGAGGUUUUCGACAUGCGUUGCGACGGGGAAGUGGUUGUUUUGCUGGACCCUGACUCGGAUUUGGCGCCUCGGACCAGGCGGGCAGCUGGCGACCCUUUGGCGGCCGGGUUCGCCGCCACGGGCGCCGCCGGGCGCGUGGACCCUCAGGCGGCCCAUGAAACUUGUCUUCUUCCCAGAGACGACCUCAUUACGCAACAACAGCAGUUUGAGAGAAGAGAACAAAGAUGA